CCAGAAUCAUCUUAUGGCGCAGCAGGAAGUAAAGCUUUUGGGGUUCUGGGCUAGCCCGUUUGCCUACCGGGUGAUAUGGGCAUUGAAGCUGAAGGGGGUCGAUUACGAGUACAUUGAAGAAGAUGUCUUCAACAAGAGCCCUCUUCUCCUGCAACUCAACCCCCUUCAUAAGAGGGUCCCAGUGCUCAUUCAUGGCCACAGAGUCAUCUGCGAGUCAUUUGUUAUCGUCCAGUAUAUCGAUGAGACCUGGCCUCAGUACCCAUUACUCCCACAACACCCUUAUGAACGAGCCAUGGCGAGGUUCUGGGCUGAGUUUGCUGAAAGCAAGCUGAUGGAGAGUGCAUGGAUGGGCCAAUGCUCUCGAGGAGAGGAGCGAGAACGGGCAGCGAAGUUGGCGAUGGAGACUGUUGAAAAGAUAGAGGAAUUGGUGAAAGGGAAGAAGCUGUUUGGGGGAGAGAGCAUCGGGUAUCUGGACAUUUGUUUGGGAUGGCUCUCUUACUGGCUGCCUAUUUGGGAGGAAGUUGGGUGCAUGCAGAUCAUAGACCCCAUUAAGUUUCCUGCUACCAGUUCAUGGAUCGACACAGUUCUUCAUCACCCAGUGAUCAGGGACAACUUACCUGCCCGCGAAGCCAUGAUCGUGUAUUUCCAGAAACGCCGCAAAGACAUAUAUGAAUCACGCACUGGUUUAAGGGUUUAAUCCGUCUGCAUCUUCCCAACCUGAAUAAUGUGGUUUUGUUUGAUAAAUCGGAUAAAAUUUUAUGUAGCAGACAGACUCAUGGUCCGUCCAUACAAAUAAUAUCUUAGUGGGGCCUGAAUUUUCAAUUUCAAUGGGUGAAAAUAUGUGAUUUGGUGUUGGAAUUGCGGGUGUAUUCCUGUUUUCUUUCAUCUUCGGGCUUUUUAAUUUUUAGUGUGAGCUUACUGUGUUGAAAUCUUUCCUUCGAAUUCUGGGCCUGGUUUUA